UCUUAAUAGUAUAUUUUGCCUCAUAAAAACCAUCAAAAUGACUCACAUACACUUGGAUUUCCUCCUUCCUCCGCUCAUGCAGUCAAAGCUCUACGCACACUCCCCUGUCUUGGGUCACACAACAAGCAACUACCACCCCACCCCACCCCCCAACACACACACACACACACACACACACCCAAAUUUGCAGAGAAACCUCAAAAAAUAAUUUCCCACUUCGCCAUGUCCAACAUUUCAGCUCUCUAACACCAUCUAUGAUGAACAAUAUUGCUUCUCCUACACAGGGAAAACCCAGUAGGGGUGGCUGGAAUGCUGCUAUAUUCAUCAUCUUUGUUGAGGUGGCCCAGCAGUUUGCAUUCUAUGGGUUGGCAAGUAACCUCAUCAUGUACCUCACAAAUGUUCUGGACCAGCCCUUGGCCACGGCGGCUAAGAAUGUCAACACCUGGCUCGGUGUCUCAUCCGUCUUCCCCGUGCUUGGAGCCUUCGUUGCAGAUUCGUAUUUGGGUCGCUUCACCACCAUCCUCUUCUCCAUCACCAUCUAUUUCAUGGGCAUGGUCCUUUUAACUCUCUCAGUCUCAGUAAUUCCUUCGCAAAGUUGCCGAGCGGUCUUCUUCGUGGCACUGUACAUUUUAUCGGUUGCCCAAGGCGGGCAAAAGCCUUGCGUGCAAACCUUUGCAGCAGACCAGUUCGAUGAGAACACGCCGGCGGAAAGAAAGGCUAAGAGCUCAUUUUUCAACUGGUGGUACUUGGGUUUGGUGUUUGGUGCCACUUCUGCCACACUCGGAGUUGUAUAUCUCCAGGAUAAUGUUGGGUGGGGAUUAGGGUUUGGCAUAUUAGCAGGGGUCUUGAUGGUGUCACUAUUAUUAUUCUUGGUGGGAAUUAAGAGGUACCGGAAGCAAAGGCCUCCUGGCAGCCCAUUUACAACGCUGGCACAAGUGUUUGUGGCAGCAGCUCGGAAAUGGCACGUGAAUGAGACACUCAAUUGCGAGAGUGUAUAUUAUGAGGACGAGAAGGGUGGAGCCACGGUAGAAGGUCAACCUCAGGCUCUAGUUUUGUCGCGUACUAAUCAACUGAGAUUUCUGGACAAGGCAAUGAUCAUAGACGAAGUAGAUGCGUCAAACCAAAUCAGAAAUCCAUGGAGGUUAUGCUCUCUCAAUCAAGUGGAAGAAGUGAAGCUUGUCCUCCGACUCAUUCCCAUAUGGUUAAGUUGCCUAAUGUUUGGUGUAAUCCAAGCCCAACUUCACACCUUCUUCACCAAACAAAGUAGCACAACAAUCCGAUCAAUUGGUUCCCAUUUCCAAGUCCCUCCAGCAUCACUUCAAGGACUUGUUGGCAUUGCCAUCUUAAUCGCCGUUCCAAUCUACGACCGAUUUUUCAUCCCGUUAACCCGAAAAUAUACAGGACACCCCUCAGGCAUUACCGUACUACAAAGAAUCGGGAUCGGCCUUGUUAUAUCAAUACUCAAUAUGGUUGUGUCAGCCCUAGUAGAGGCCAAAAGGCUCGACGUUGCAAAACAUUAUAAUCUCAUUGACAAGCCUAAAGCAAUAAUACCAAUGAAGCUAUGGUGGUUACUUCCACAAUACCUAAUUUGCGGUGUCUCCGACGCGUUCACAACCGUGGGACUUCAAGAACUGUUUUAUGAUCAAAUGCCAGAGCAGAUGAGAAGCAUCGGGGCAGCGGCUUUUAUUAGUGUUAUCGGCGUUGGUAGCUUCAUAAGCUCUGGUAUUAUAAGUAUUGUGCAGUCCAUUACCUCCAGAAAUAGUGACAAAUGGCUUGGGGACAAUAUUAAUCGGGCUCACCUUGAUUACUUCUAUUGGGUGCUAGCAGUUUUGAGCACACUGAGUUUGUGUGUUUAUGUGUUAAUUGCAAGGGCUUUUGAGUACAGAAAGGUUGGAGGAGAAGAGAAACUAAAGGCAGAGAUGAGCAUAUUUGCAAAGAACCACGAUGGAGAGACAUGAGACAUAAAAGGCAAGAUUAGAGCAAGUACAAGUCUAAGACUCACAAACUUAAACUGAGGAUAAAGUGCUCUACCAUUAGCAGCUAGAAGUUAAGCCCGACAAUUACAAGAAGUACUUAUUUAUUUGCGAGGAAACACAUUCUGCGAUUUAGGUAUAUAGGUCGUUGAUUUUAAGUUCAAAUUCCUAAUGAAAAAUGCCUUGAAAUAAUGCGCAUAGUUUAAGAGGUAAGAGCAUUUACUUGUGCACUCGAGGUCUUAGGCUCAAUCCCACCAAUUAUUCCAAUGAACAUGCUCGAAGCAGAUUUUUUCUAUUGAAUUAAAAAUCCGAAAUUUGAAUGGCAAGGAUUGAAGGAAAUGAUCAAGUUGUAUAUAGGAAAACCUGAACAAAGGAUAUGAUUUGAUUUGAUACUUGGGAUCGUGGUUUCAGGGAUUUGAUUGUUCUUUUUCCUUUUGGUUAAAAACGAGACCAAACGGGAGGGGGAAGAUUCCAACAUCAUGCAAGAGAAUCAAGGAGAAUCGCUAGAGAUUUCAUUCGCGCAUGCACUAAAAA